CGUCGUCUCUCGUCAGACGGCGUACAUCGAGCAGAGAGAAAUGAAGCGCGUCAUGUCCGGACGGGCGCCUUCUCCAACGAACACGACAUAUUCUGGCAUCUCCAACUACCGCUCCGACCAGUACAGGCCGCUCCGCGAAAAGAGCAGGACUCCUUCCGGCCCUAUUGACCCCAAGGCAAUUGCUAAGAUCCACUAUGAGGAAAUGGCCUCUUAUUUGGAGAAUCACCUGGCUAAAGAGCCUGCGAAUGCACGAGCAUCUGCUCGGGAAAAGCUGACUCGACUAACUCGUCAGCAGUUCCAGGAGCUUUCGACUGAUGUAUAUGAUGAACUUCUCAGGAGAAAGAAUAAUGCAGAUAAUGAAGUUCCUUUCCUGCCGGUCAGGGACGACUUCCAUCCAAAGCGCAAUCAAGCCCGUCAGAAACUUGCAACCUUGCCAAAGGCACGCUUCAAGGACCUAAGUGGUGAUGUUUUCUAUGAGCUUGGACGACGAUAUCCAGAAUUCAGAGAGCCUGAGAUCCUGCAAGAUCCCACUUCUCCUACGUCCAACUACGACGACUUAGACAUUCCUUCACCAGAUUUCCCUCAAGCUUCCAAGAAUGUACCAAUGCCCCGCUCUGUCCCCACUGACAGUGGGUAUGCCGGAAGUAGCCGUCGUCCAAGUGAGGAUUCCUAUCGACGACCAAGCGAAGAAGGCUUCCGCAGGCGUCCGAGUGAAGAUGCAUAUGGGAAUCGGAAUGACGAUGGCUAUAGCGCGGUUCGGCGACCAAGUGAAGAUAACUAUGGUUCUUCACGCCGAAAGCCAUCCCAGGACAUUGUCUCAAACUUGCGUGGUGAUGAGCGCCGACGUCCAUCCCCUGAUAUCACUUUGACUGGUCGCAGGUCGGGAGAGGACGACCGUGAACUUGCUCGUCGACCGUCAGGCUCUAUAUCUACGACGUCUGAUUCGACAAACGCGACAAACGCACAACGCGAAGUCAUCAUCCCAAACAAGAGCACUAUUACCGAGGAAGAGAUUGAAGUCCCAUAUGCGCGUGAACGUGAAAGUUCCAGUACGGCGGUUGGCGGGCGCAAUUCACGAAGUCCUGAUGUCCGUGACCAUAGCCCUGAUCAACGGGGCGAUACGGAUGGAGAAGGCAUCACUGACUCAAGCGCUCGUUCACCGCAGUUAGAAGUCAGUGGACUUGGAGGCCUUAGCGGCUUGACAGCCCGUCUACGUGAAAGGACUCUAGAUGAAGAUGACGAAGACUGGUCGGGCCAGGGCCGUAGCGGUGAGGAAUACUUCGACAAGAUGUCGUUCGGAAGGGCGAGCGUUGCUUCGGAUCGUUCGGCGAGCGGAGGGCCUGGACAAUCAUCACGGGUCUCUACGUCGAUGAACAGUGGUCGUAUGAGCAAGACUGGUGGUUCAUUCGACGUUGACGUCGAAGCGCUGAGGCGCGAAUACGAAUACAAGAUCGCAACGAUGCAGAGUCGCAUAACUACUUUAGAGAGAUCGGUUGAAGAUGCUGAGGAGAGAGGGCGUCGGUUCGCGAAGAACGAUAAGGAUGAGAAGACUAAGGUUCUUGAAGAGGAGAUCAAACUUCUCAGAGAGAAAGAGGAAGAGCGGGAAGCAACUAUUAGAGAGCUGAAGCGAGAGCUCGAUGAGGAGCGUCAAGACCGGACGGAAGAACGAGAAACGGCCUCCAAUUUACAUAAACGGGGUCAAGAGGAAAUCCAAAAUUUGCGUAUGCGUUGUGAAACUUUAGAGGCAGAGCGCGUAGAUAUGGGUUCUGGCGUUGAUGCUGAAAUGGUCGAACAAUUGCGUUCAGACUUGGAAGGCCUUGUUUCCGAACUUGCGGAGCUGUCUCAUCGCAAUGACGAGUUGAUGAUUGCGAAGGAAUCUGACUUGUCUGUGAUUCAUAAUCUCGAUGUACAGCUUAAGGAUUACAAACGCAAAUAUGAGACGGCCAAGACAGAGCUCCGAAGCUUCAAGGCUACAUCACAGAUGUUCUUGAAGGCCACGAAACCCGAGCCUGACCAACUACCUAUGUCCCCCGAUGGUGGGAUUCUUGACAUUCACCUCACUGCAUUCGUUACUGCAACCGACAACCUCCUUUCUGCUGGUCGUUCUAAUGCGCCUAGUCGUGUGCUCACGCCAAUGAAAGCCGUCAUUAACUCCGUCUCAGCUAUCCUCGACGAUGUCCGUGCCUGUGAGAGGCGACAAGAAAUGGGUGGUGACGUCGACGGGGUAGAGCAACUCCGUUCUUUACGCGAGCGCACUGAAGCAACGUUGAGCAACCUCGUCGCGGCAUCGAAGACUCAUGCAACUAGCAUGGGCAUGUCACCCGUUAGUCUUCUCGACGCAGCGUCUAGUCACUUAUCAGCCUCUGUCACUGAGCUCGGGAAGACGUUAUCGAUACGAAAGGCAACGAAGGCGGAGCAAGAGCAAUUCGAGACGCAAUUUACCUCCGCACCGACGAGUCCUUACGGGUCGAAUGGAUUUGUACCAAUGUUGAAGUCUAUUGGAGAGAUUAGGUCUUCUUCCGCUUCUUCUUCGCAUCAACGGGCUGGUUCGUCGGCGUCAGCAUCCGGGUCGGCAUCACGUAGAGCCAACGAGUCGCCUUCUCCCGUACCUUUACGAUUCCCUCCUGAAUUAGCGUCAUCCGUACAAUCACCUUCUCAGAACCCUUCAUUGCUCAGCAAUCCCGUAAGAAGACGACCGAUGUCGCCUUCGAGUUCAAUUGGAAGCUCGCCUCCGCCGUUGUUUGACCAGACGAGGUCGAAUGCUACUGCUAGUGAUGAUAGUGCACCUGCUGAAGGACCUGAUGAAGCAUGGGCUGAACUUAAACCAUACUUAGAGGCGCAAUCAGAAUCCAUAGUCUACGCCAUCCAAAACGUCCUUUCAGGCGUUCGAAGCCCUACACCAUCACCGCUUCUCAGUGAGAAUCUGACGCAAAUCAUCACGAUCGUCUCCAGUAUCGUCGCAGUGUGCAAAGACAGUCUACCAUCGUCUUCAGCACAGGCUGGCGGCGAGAUACUGCGAGAACUGGGCGAACAUGCGAACCGGCUGAGUGAGGUACAGAGUUUGCAGGAGGUGACGAAGGAGUCGAGGCAGACGAUGGCGAAGUCGAGUUUCGCGAUUGCAAAUUCUAUGAAGGGGUUGAUGAAACUUGGAUGACUUGUAUCCUGUGAUAUGGCUCUAUGCAAUAUGGUAACUAUUGGAUGCUCAUGAAGCCCGUAGUUUCAGCAACCUUUCUUGUUCUGUUCAUUUUUCUCGUCGAUCAUGCUCCAUCAUGAAUACGUUCAUGUUUUCUUUUCUUUUUCUUUUUGGUCUUGUCUUUCUUGACAUUAAUAUAUAGUAAUAUGGUCAGCACUAAAUACGUGAUAGCACUUUACGCUUUUUUGACGUCGAUUACGCAUGACCGUUUAUGCAGUAUCAUGAUGAUGUAUCUUUUUUUGUUUGUAUACCAUGCGUCGAACCUACACCAGUUGUCAGACGUUCC